UAGGACAUAUUGUUGACGUUUCUUUAAAGAUAAUUUCAUUUUAAGCACGUGCAAAUCAAAUUACUUCGCUAUUACCUUUAUGUAUCUAAACUGCCUAUCAGUAAUGUGUUUAUUUCAGUCUGUGUGUAAUGUUACCAAUACGAUUUAGCGUGUCGAACGAAACUGAACUUCUUCAACAUACUUGUUUCACAUGCGGUAGCUCAGGCUUACAUCACAAAAUGCACAUAAAAUCAUUAAAUGUUGAUAGCAGAUUAGAGCGAUACCGUACUCAAAAUAAUACAUACUAAAAUGUUAUAGCGAAAUUGUGUUCCUAUUGAUCGAAUUUUAAAACAUGUAAAUAUAUCGUUAGUGACAUGUUUGUAAUUAUAAAAAUUAUCGAUUAAAAACAUUGGGCACAUGCUAUUGGAAGUGUUAUUAGAUUAUGUGCACCGGAAAUGGUUAUUUCAGACAUGUUAACAACCAAAAUAGUAACUAAAAUCAUACCGGAAUCAUAAAUAUAAGUCAACACCUAUUAAUAUCGAUGCAUUUAGUGUUUGUGAUAAGCUAUAAGCAAGAAUAGUGACAUUACACGUUUAUUUUGUGUAUUAAAAGUUGCAGAAUCACUUGCGAUAUCAAUAUCGGUCACCAACUUCUACAGACGUUAACACACAAUGAAAAUGUGUGUUACCCCUAUAUUAAUUCUGCAUUGUGAAUGUCAAAAGACAGGAUACUACAAACCAUCAAAUGAACAGAACAUAACUAACACAGCAUACGUGCCAGAGGGUUACAUCGGGUGCUUUAUAGAUUCCGGAAACAGAGCUCUGAACGGAAAGAGAAGACAAUUCUACCCAAACAGUGGCACAAUAUGUAAAAGCUUUUGUAGAGCGUAUGGAUAUAGAUAUGCUGGAACUGAGGGCAGAGAAGAAUGUUUUUGUGGAAAUGAGAUUAGGUUAAAGAGGCCAGCUUAUAACUGUGAUUAUGAAUGUGAAAGUAAUCCCUCAGAAUUCUGUGGGGGUUACUGGCGGAUUUCUAUAUAUGACACCUGGUAUUGUGCCACUGAACCAUGUCUAAACGGCGCCACAUGCAAGGACAAAGAUGCAGACCACUACAGCUGUAUCUGCACUGAAAAAUGGACAGGAAUACAUUGUGAGAAGCCACAAACAACAGUGCAAACGUCAUCAUCAUCAUCAACAACAACAACAACAACUUCAACAUCAACAACAACUAGUAUUGCUGUUACUACGAAAACCAGUACCACCCCCGGAGAGUCGACAGAGGGUACAAGCAGGGCAUCAAAGACAAAUGUGACAGAUAUUCCAUAUAUAAAUCCUACAGAUUCAGCAAAUAAUGGUAUGAUUGCCGUGUACGUUCUGAUUCCAGUUAUUGUAAUUACUCUAGCCAUCCUUCUUGCAGUUUUUAUCUCACGGAAAAGUCCUUUGAAGUGCAUGAACACAUCAGCUGAUGAAAAGUCAUUAAACCAGAACUCUUCUACAUACUAUGAAAACCAGAAAUAUAACACACAGCUCGGUACAGAGAGGUCGCUACAAUCAGACAAUGAAAAUGAAGGUACUAGAGAUGGUCAACGUAUAAAGUUAGAAUCUUCAGGUGUCGCAUAUUAUAAUACUGUUGACAAUAUCAAAGGCUUCGAAUGUAGCUAUGAGAAUGUGAUAAAUUCUGAAAUUGGAAAUGUAUCACAAAACCAAACUGGAGUCCAGUGCGAGUCAAAAUAUAAUAACGCUUCGUUUCAGUGCUAUGAAUCUCUGCGAAAAGAAACGCAAGGUAAAGACAACAGUUACGACUGCUUGAAUAUUCAGCAUUAAGUUGAACGGAAUGUUGAAUCAGCUAUUAAAGUUGUUCAAAGUUCACAUUGAAGAAUACCAUUUUUAAUUCACCUGUUCGGAAUCUCGUGAGUUGGUAUGACUGAAAUUGUGAAUUAUAAUUGUUAAUACAAAUCCCUGUUUUCA